AUGACAAGUGUUGAAGAGCUGAACGCACCUUUUGAUCCUUUUGCCGAAGUAGAAGAGGAAAAGAGUCCCAAACAAGCCAACCAUAUCCACUUGCGCAUUCAGCAACGAAACGGUCGAAAGACGCUCACAACACUUCAAGGUCUUCCCAAGCAAUAUGACAACAAGAAAAUCCUGAAAACGUUCAAGAAAGUUUUUGCCUGCAACGGCACCAUCGUUGAUGACGAUGAACUUGGUGAAGUGCUCCAACUCUCAGGCGAUCAGCGCUUGAAGAUUGCCGAGUUCCUCGUCAAGGAGGAGAUUGUUAAAAAGUCAGAGAUUAAGGUCCAUGGCUUUUAA